AUGGCUGUGCAGAAUGCAAACAAGACAAACCUGUCCAAGCUCUGUCGAUGUCGCUGUACGAGUCUGUUGGAGAUGGCGAGGAAUCAUCAAUCAAGGACCAGCCUUGAAGUCUCACUGGACGACUUCAGCUUCGCGUCUUUUUCGUCCAUCGUUGCGCGCCAAUUCGUGCUUUCGGCGUGGCCUGGCGACACCGCCCUCAGCAGGUUGAAUGAUCGUCUUCCACCGUUUUUACGCUCCUAUACAAACCCGUUACUGGGGGCCCCUGGUACACAUAUAACGUCCUUUUUGAUACUACACGAGAUUACAGCCAUCGUUCCUUUGCUCGGGCUGGUCGCUUCGUUCCAUUACGGAGAUUGGUUGCCGGAUUUCACCUCAAAAAGCGGCUUUGACGAAGGAGUCCAACGAUUCGGUCGCUGGCUGCGAAAGAAAGGUUGGGUGGAGGAUGCUGACGUGGAUAUUGUGAAGUCCGACGGGUCUGCUUCGGGCAAUGAUUCUACUACUGGAUCGCCCGGUCAAUCUCAAUUGAGGCCGGAAGACAGAAAAGGCGUUCGUCUUGUGCUUGAGUUCGCGACUGCCUAUGCAAUCACGAAAGCUCUACUACCCGUAAGGAUAGUCGCUAGUGCAUGGGCAACGCCAUGGUUUGCAAGAUCUGUUCUCGCUCCGGUAGGCAGGGGCGUCGGGGCUCUUCUUGGGAAAAAGUAG